AUGAAAGUACCCAAGCUCAAGCACUCGCCCAGUGCCUCCAACGACAGCGGCAGCACGGCCGACCCGCGCCUCUCGACAAGCGCGAGCGCGGCCACCGCGGGUCAUCCGUAUGCUUCCAAGAUCCUGGCUUGCGUCGCAUGCCGCAACAGCAAAGUCAAAUGCAUCUCGGAUGGUCCAGAGCAGUGCAAGCGAUGUCUGGAACACGGUCUCACCUGCAUACGACCAGAGUAUCAGCGUCUAAAGAAGGCAAAAGCCAAGCUCGAGCGCUUCAAGCAGGAAGCCGCUCUCUCCAACGGCGACGGAGUCGACCCUGCCUCUCUCCCCACAGAAGAGCAAGCAGAUGAGGAGCUGUCUACGGACAACGACAUGCUACCACAGGACUCGCCCACCACUCUCUUCAGCAAUGCGUCAUACGGCAAGUCGUCCCAACUCUUACACAACGUGCAUAGCGUGCGUGCCGAUGUUCGCCAAGAUUGGGAUCCUGUUUCGGCGGAGGUCGUCGAUCUAGACACCAGCAAACUUCUCUUUGAAACCUUCAUGGUCAAGCUUGAGGCCCUCCUUUCCUUCUUCGAUCCUCGCAUUCAUACCUACCAGUACAUUCGGUCGCAUUCCAGUCUUCUCUUCACUACCAUGUGCUGGCUUGCUGCCACCGUAUCGGACUUCCCCGCUGCGGCGCGCGUCAUGAACGAUCUCAAGGCUCACAUCGAAAAUGUGGUUCUUCCUGCCGUCUAUUGCCAAAACCUGCGAUCCGUCGAGAUCGCACAAGCCUUUCUCAUGCUUGCUGCUUACCUCAGCCCUUCGCAGAACCCGUCCGAGGAUCGAGCUUGGACACUGCUCGGCCACGCGAUUCGUGUCGCAACGGAUCUGGAUAUGCACUCUCGUGUCCUUUCUACAUCCCAGCAGGUUCGGGCGUCAUCCCUCUCCGAGCCUAAGGCCGAAUACACCAGCACCAAAACUGCAAAAGAUUCGACAGCGCAAGCAGAUCCUGUUCAAAAACAGCACGACAUCUGGCACCAGCGCAAUCGCGAGAGAGCUUGGAUGCACAUCUGGCUUCACGAGGCCUCGCAAUCCCAAUACACCGGCCGCUCCUCGCUUCUUUCCAAAGAUCCCAUCAUUGAAUCAUCGCGCGGCUGGCACCUUCACCCGGAAGCGCUACACACCGAUGUCGUCUUUGUCGCCCUCAUCGAGCUUCGCUCCCAGCUUGCACAAAACAAGGAUCUCUUUCGUCUUCUCAGCAGCCGUUCCAGCUCGGAGACCGGCGGUGCAGGAUCAACGCAGGCACAUGUAGACUCUUCCUGGAUACGUCACUAUCUCGAUCGUGUUCAUCGAGACCUGACAUCUUGGGAGGAGCGAUGGGUCGUCAACCCUUCGCGCUCCGCUACACACCCUCGGCCUCUGCGGCUGGAGCUCGGCUCGCUUUACAUCUGCUACACUCGCAUGCAGCUGCUCUCUCUACCCUUGCAAUGGCCCACACUACAACCUGCCAUGGCAACACGCAUUAUUUCGGAUCUACACUCGGUCUCGAUUAAAUACCUCGAGGACUUUCUCGAUCGAACAUCGCCGCAGCGGCUUGCCCACUCGUACAACUCGAUAUGCGUCACUGCUACCUAUGCCGUCGUCCUUUCGCUCAAGCUCACCAAGAUGGCGCGUUCUUACUCGUUCAUCCAGUCGGCCAGAAUCCUCACCCUUGUUCGCCGUGUUUCCGAGUAUCUUCGCAAAGCUGGCAACUGGACGCCACAUCAGAACGGCUCGAGCCUGGAGUAUGCCAACUAUAUCGAUCAAUUGCUGGAUAAAGAAACUCCUCCGAACACCGUCCACGCGUCGACAGCAGCUGGCGAUCGCAGCUCUGAAGCAAAUGGAGCGGCCAAGACAGCCGCCAGUGGUGCAUUUAUGGGAACUGCUGGCGAACAGCACAGCAAUGAACACACAAACGGACGUCCGCAGCGCAAUUCGAGCACGUUGCCCCAGGAUACUUCUCUGCAGACAGCAGAUUCGUCUCUGCCACCAUCUUCGCAGAGAUAUGCUCCACCUCUUCAGCGCGGACAAUCAAACACAACGCAUCCGUUCAGCUCACCGCGUGCUAUUUACAGUGCCACCGCAAGCGCAGAUUCCGGUCUCUUUCCUCGAAUCUCUUCAAGCCCUCGUUCAGCUCAUUCUGUCGUCCCUUAUCCAACUACGCCCUCGUCGCAUUUCUCGCUGCCAUCAGCUUUAGCCACGCCCAAUCAUAUUCCGAACGGAGGGGUUGACUUGCAGUAUGCAACGGCUCAGGGCGUCGAGGCUGGUCAUCCGCAGUGGAGCUUCCUCGCCAACGAUCCCGAGCUGUUUGCCUGGGCGAGAUCUUUUCUCAACGACGAGCUCGAUAUUACCAUGCCAGGCGCCACCUUCAGCUGA